CUCAAUACUAAGGAUUUAAGAAUUAGCUUCAUCAAUCAAUUGUUUAUUCGUGGAUAUUUUGGAUUCGAUAGUGUAUCUAUUGGUCACUGAAUAUAUCAACCAUUUAACUAUGAAUUACUUCAAUGGUUUACUGGCAUUCUGAUAUCAUAAAGGGAGCAGCAUUGGUGUAGAAAAAUUAACUAUGUGUUUUUGUAUGUAAAUCAGUAACAGAAAACUGUAUUUAGUGUUAAUUAUUCACUGAAAAUGGUAUACGUCAAACAAUGUGUGCUGUUACAACUUAUUGCAACUUUUAACAUGGUAGUUUGCGAUUCGAUGUAUACACAAGAUAUCGACUACAAAGACACAUUUUGCCCGAAUAUAUUUACUGAUAAAUAUAAGAAACCGACUAACAGGAUAUGUGCUGCCGAGUGUGAGAAGGACCCAGAGUGCCUGGCCUUUUUCUAUGACGCCACGCGUAACUGUUUCGUUACCACGCAACCUUUAACAAGUGCCACAGGAUGUGUUUAUCGGAAAGGGAAUUUGUACAAGUCAGAAAGCAUUACCAUGACAACUACAGCAGUUGUCACUACCACGACCGUUGCGGCCGUCCCAAGCACAACAGCAGCUGUCCCUACCACGACCGUCGCGGACGUCACAAGCACUUCUUCGACUGUUCCCGCCUGCGAUGCCGAUUGGUCCGGGUUUCAAGGCUCUUGUUACUUCAUGACCGGGCUUACUCCCUCCUUGGUCGAAGCCGACACGGUAUGCAAAUCACACGGAGCCCAUCUUGUGUUCGUGGAAUCUGAGGAAGAAAACCAGUUUAUUGCCACCUUGACACUAGCGGCCCGUUCCGGCGGGGACAGGUUCUAUCUAGGAAUAACGGACUGUGAUGGCCCGAAGUUUUCAUACAAGCUGUAUGGCACCACACAGACGGCCCCUUACAUUAACUUCCGGAGCGGAGAAGGGGCUGACACGGUACAAUACAGUUGUUGUGUACUUUUGGCCGAAGGGUCGCAUCAGCAGUGGAUUGACUUUUAUUGUUCUUCUGGUUAUCCUCAAACAAAGGCUCUGUGUGAAAAAUGAUUAUACAAUAAACUGUAAUUGGACUAUACUGAUAUUUAAUAAAGAAGAUUUUAUUUUUCCUAGAAAAUGUGUCCGGCAAUAGCAUAUAUUUAAAAAAGAAACGAUGAGUUCGUUUUUGGGACUCAAUUCUACGACAAAUCUCAUAUUUGUAACGCUGGAAAUACCGAAUAGAUAAGACAAAAUAUCAUUGGACGGUUUACUUAAUAGAACAUGCUCUUUUUUCAUACAGCAGAAUUGUCGCAUGUCGUCUUGGUUUAUUAAUAAUUAUUUUCGUGCUCGCAAUGAACCCGUAAAAUAUGCUGCAAUAAAAGAUAAAUCGUAUUCA